AUGCCCAACAAGGUCUUCCUCGCGGCCCUCGCGGCCGACGUCCUCUUCCUCGCCACGGGCUGCGUCCAGCUGGGCUUCUGCCUCGUCGUGCGGGGGCUCAUGGACGACGCGCCGCGGGACGGCAAGGAGGCCGUCCGCAACCUGCUGUACCAGCGCUUCCCCCUGACGGCGGGCAUCGUCAACGCCGCCCUCAUCCUCGCCGCCUUCGUCUUCACCAUCCCCGGCAUGAUGUCGCCCAUGCGCGGCUGGCUCAAGGCCGGCGGCUACCUCAUCACCGUCUGCGGCCUCUUCACGCUCUGCAUCGGCGUCUUCCUCUGGAUCAUGACGCUGCGCAUCAAGGACGCGUUUUUCGAUACCUACGUCGACCAGACACCCGCCGUGCAUUCUCUGAUACAAACUUCGUUCGACUGCUGCGGCUACUUCAACCGCACGACGCCCGCCUUCGUCACCGACGACACCUGCCCCAGCCCCGCCGCCGCCGCCCUCGUCCGCGGCUGCGCGACCGCCAUCUCGAGCUUCGCCAACAUCUUCAUCGACAACAUCUUUACCGCCGUCUUUGGCAUGGUCGGCGUCGACGCGGUCCUCAUCCUCGCCAUCGCGUGCCUCCUCAAGGACCGCAAGGAGCGCGAGCGCUACCGCCACAUCGACGAGAAGGCGGGCUACCGCGGCUUCUGA